GAAACAUGAAUAGCUACUGCAAGCUGUGGGUUUUACUGACUUUGGUGGCCAUUGGUAACACCAGCCCAAUUGCACCACCUAUUGAUGAAGACCAAGAGAAGAUAGCAGAGAAUUAUCUGACCAAGUUGUAUGGCCUGCCAAAGCAGAGACCGAACUAUGAACUACGAAGCAAUAGUCCUAUGAGUCAAAGGGUGAGAGAGAUGCAGAAGUUUUUUGGACUUAAAGUAACAGGAAAGCUGAAUAAAGAGACCCUGGAAGUGAUGAAGAAGCCACGCUGUGGGGUUCCAGACGUAGCAGCUUACUCAACUUUUGAAGGGGACUACAAGUGGAAAAAAAAUGAUUUGACCUACAGGAUUGAGAACUACACACCUGAUAUGUUAGUAUCUGAGGUGGAUGAUUCCAUUAAAAGAGCCCUGCAGGUGUGGGCAGAUGUUACUCCACUGACAUUCAAUCGCAUCUACAGUGGCACAGCCGAUAUCAUGAUCUCCUUUGCAGUUAAAGACCAUGCUGAUGGUUACCCAUUUGAUGGACCAAAUGGUUUUCUGGCUCAUGCCUUCCUUCCUUUUGAGGGAAUUGGUGGCGAUGCCCAUUUUGAUGAUGAUGAGUAUUUUUCCUAUCAAUCUCAUCAAGGAUACAAUUUGUUCCUGGUUGCUGCCCAUGAGUUUGGCCACUCUCUGGGGCUUGAACAUUCCCGGGAUCCAGGUGCACUGAUGUAUCCCAGCUAUUCCUACAGAGAUGUCGAUACCUUCUCCCUCCCUCAAGAUGAUGUCAAUGGAAUCCAGUCUCUUUACGGCCCUAAACCCGAUGUCGACACCAAUGAACCAAAACCCACACCACCAGUUACUCCAAAUACAUGCGAUCGCAAUAUGGUUUUGGAUGCUGUCUCCAUGCUUCGUGGAGAGAUCAUGUUCUUCAAGGGCAGCUUCUUCUGGCGAAAUUACCCCUUUAGUACAACAACAGAACAACAUCUCAUUAAAAGCUUCUGGCCUGAGAUGCCAGACAAUAUCGAUGCAGCAUUCGAGAGCCCAUUUGAGGACAAAGUCUUCAUUUUCAAAGGUGAAAAGGUCUGGGCUCUCUAUGGCUACAACAUGGUACGCGGAUAUCCCAAAAGUCUCAGCAGCUUUGAUUUGCCAAAAAAAGUGAAGAAAAUCAAUGCAGUCCUGUACGAUGAAAGUACCUUCAAAAUCCUGUUUUUCGUUAAUGAUCAGAUUUAUAGUUACAAUGAGGAUAGCCGGAGAAUGGAAAAAGGUUAUCCUAAACCGGUGGAUGAAGUGUUUCCUGCAAUGACAGGGAAGGUGACAGCAGCCUUCCAAUACAAAGGUUUCAGCUAUCUCUUCAGCGGAUCCAAAAUGUUUGAGUUUGGUUCCUAUAAUAAGAGGUUGUUCCGUGUUCUCGAUAACAACUACUUUCUGCCUUGUUCAUCUGUUUAGUUAUCUUUAAAGAACAACAAUGCACUGCCUGCCUGAUGAAAAAUCUGAACCUGCCAGUAUUGGAAAGUAAAUUAUUGAGUAUUUAACUUAAGAGAUUUAUUUACAUGAUUUGUAUUUAGCCAGUAGCCUUUGAAAAAGCUUUUGUAUAUGUACUGAAUAACUAAACAAAAUAUUACAUUGUAUUUCAUGUGAUGUUUUAAA